CUUUUGCCCGAAAGUGGUCUUAUGGACAGCUUCAUUCGCUGACUGGUGUGCUUUGUCUCGUUAACGAAACAUCCAAACUUUCUUUAAAAAUCGAAAAACUCUUUCUGUUUUUUUAAUUGAAUAAAGGAAAGCCUCCCAAGAUGAUGGAACAAGUCCAUUUAGCUGGGGAAGAAGAGGAUGAAUUGUACUCUGGCUACAAUGACUACAACCCACUCUUCGAUACAGAGAAUCUACAAGAGGAUGAAGGUUUUCAAAAUGCAGUCAAGACGAGCCAUGGGCGUCGUCCUCCAAUGACAGCAACACGUCAGUUUGCGAUACAGCGUGGGCAGAUGGGCACAGCUGCUGGGGCUCGUCUCAAGACUGGUUUAGUAUCAUCAAUGGGUGCUCGCCCUACCACAGGCAUUGCUGCUGCAGAUGGCAGUGUCGCCAGACCAAUGACUGCAGUCAAGGCAGCUGGCUAUUCUUCCACUGGACGUGGUCAACAGUUUGACCCCAUGAACCAAGCCUCCAAAGGUCCAGCCCCACCACUGGAGACAAAGAGUGAAGACACCCCCGAAGAAAAGAUCAAGAACCUGGAGAAGAAAGUCAACGCGCUGAUCGAGGAAAGCUGCAUGGCCAACAGCAGGGGAGAGCUGAGCCUGGCUUUGGAGAAGGCAAAGGAGGCAGGGAGAAAAGAACGGAUGUUAGGAAGACAGAGGGAUGAACUAUUCAACGGGGAACAGGUCAACCUAGACCAGACGUACUCAGUGCUGUUUAACGUAGCCAAUCAGUACGAAGCUAACGAGAUGUUCCAGGAAGCCCUCAACACCUACCAGGUCAUUGUCAAGAACAAGAUGUUCUCCCAUGCGGGCCGGCUGCGCGUCAACAUAGGCAACAUCUACUUUAAGCAGAGGAACUUCCCCAAGGCCAUCAAAUACUACCGAAUGGCUCUGGACCAGGUCCCAAAUACACACAAGGAGAUGAGGAUUAAAAUCAUGAAGAACAUUGGCAUUGUGUUUGUGAAGAUGGGUCAGUAUAGCGACGCCAUCACAUCCUUUGAACACAUCAUGUCUGAGAAGCCAGACUAUGAGACAGCCUUCAAUCUACUGCUGUGCUACUACGCUACGGGAGACCGUGAUAAGAUGAAGAAGACAUUCCAACAGCUUCUGGCCGUAGAUCUGAAUCUAGACGACGAGGAUAAAUAUCUACCACAUCCUGACGACAAACAUGCCAAUCUGGUCCUUGAGGUCAUCAAGAACGAUGCGCUGAGAGAGGGAGAGAAAGAAACCAAGGAAGGCAUGGAACGUUGUGUAAUGGCUGGAGCUAAGCUGAUUGCCCCAGCCAUUGAGCAGAGCUUCUCAGCUGGAUACGAUUGGUGUGUGGAUUGCGUCAAGCAGUCGGCCUACACAGAUCUGGCCAAUGACUUGGAGAUUGAGAAAGCCAUCAUGUAUCUCAAGCAGAAGGAAUUCUCACAGGCUGUGGAGGUUCUCAAGACAUUUGAGAAGAAAGAUUCCAAGUGUGCUUCAGUGGCUGCCACCAACCUCUCCUUCAUUUACUUCUUGCAAUCCGAGUACCAGCUAGCAGAGAAAUAUGCCGAAGUUGCCAUGACGGCAGAUAGAUACAAUCCAGCAGCUCUGGUCAACAAGGGUAACUGUCUGUUUGUGCAAGGGGAGUUAGAGAAAUGUCGUGAGUACUAUCAGGAAGCACUGAGGACCGAGGCAUCAUGCACUGAAGCACUCUACAACCUUGGCCUUGUGAAUAAGAAGUUGGGCCACCUUGAGGCAUCCUUGGAUUGCUUCUUGAAGCUUCAUGCCAUCCUGAGGAACAAUGCUGAAGUUUUGUUCCAGAUAGCCAGCCUCUAUGACAUGUUAGAGGAUACGCCUCAGGCCACAGAGUGGUUCACCCAGCUGAUCAGCAUCGUACCCACAGACCCAGCAAUCCUCUCCAGGCUUGGCGAGCUCUUUGACAAUGAGGGCGACAAGUCCCAGGCAUAUCAGUACCACUAUGAGUCCUUCCGGUACUUCCCCUCAAACAUUGAGAUCAUCGAGUGGCUGGGUGCAUACUUCAUUGACUCCCAGUUUGUGGAAAAGGCCAUUCACUACUUUGAGAGAGCUGCCGUGAUUCAACCCAACCAGGUCAAGUGGCAGCUAAUGAUCGCCAGCUGUCACCGACGAAGUGGCAACUACCAGCAAGCCUUGGAGACCUACAAACGCAUCCACAAGAAAUUCCCUGACAAUAUCGAAUGCUUGAAGUUUCUGGUUCGCUUGUGCUCUGAUCUGGGUCUGAAGGAAGCCCAGGAGUAUGCCACCAAGCUGAAGAAGGCAGAAAAAGCAAAGGAGUUACGAGAACAGCGUGCAAGCAGCGGCACCCGUCGUACUGGCAGUGGUCGUAGCACUCGCGGUGGUAGCGCUGGGGGCAGCGCUCAUAGCGUCCGCGGUGGCAGUGCAGGCUCAGACAGGCUGGAUAGUCCCAGCUUGGGUGCUGACACCCUGGAUGUAGACGGCAGGGAUUCAGGCCAUGGGAGUCGUCAGAGCAGUGCUCGGUCUGGCAGUGCACGACGCAGUGGUAAGACACGCCCGUCCCUCCCUGAAGCUAACGGACCAUAUGAGGUGGAGUCACAGAAUGUUGAUGCAUCAUAUGUUGACCCCCUUGGCCCAAGCACGGAGCGGCCCAAGACGGCUGCCCGCAGACGAGAUCAGACAGAAGAUGAGUUUGGCGAUGAGGAGCUUGGAGAUGACUUGCUGCCUGAGUAAUCAGAUGGGUCUGAGCAUUCGAGCGAUCACACUUGCACUUGAUACUCAAUAUUUUGGAUGAUUAUUUGAUUAAAUAGUCAUCAGAUACAAAAAUUAAACUCUUUGUUAGCUCAGGAAAUGAAGACCGAGAUGGAAUAAGCUUUGCAGGCGACUCAUGGGUAGCUACACAUUUUUUGCACUGAAAAUAUUUUCAAGACUUGUUUCAAGUCGGGUCACAUUUUCAGUCUAUUUGUUCAAAGUAUAUGUAAAGCUUCUUUAAGUUAGAUUGUGUCCACACAUCUUUCCCAAAAUUUAGGAAAUUACUCAGUGGUCAGAAUACCUCAUCAUUCUCCUGAUGAGAUAUGUUUUGAAAACAAUUGUACUGAAUUAUUUGUGUUCACCUUUGACCUUCAAAAUCUAAACAGAUUUGCAUUUGUCACGGUUUGGCAUUUGGAAAAAGUCACAUAGCACAUAGCAAGUUAUGGACAGUACAGCGAGAGUAAGAUCUCUCGUGACCUUGAUGUAAAAAAAAUCUUUCAAAACAGGGACUGAUUUAUGUCCGAGAAAAUUGUUUUUAGGGGGAGAUGAUAUUUGUUUUCACUGGCGACACACCCCUUUUCUAAUAUAACAAAAAAAACAAAAAAACACUGUGUCAUUUCCCAACCUGUGUGCUCCAUUUUCCUUCAACAUUAUGCCAAACUUCUUUGUAUGUUAAGAUGCCCUGUAAUUUCCACAAUGCCAGCUCUGAUUAGGAGAUGGUUGGCAUUACUGCAUACUUUUCUGCCUUUAUCUUCAAAGUAAUAUUCUCAGUGUGCAACACUGCACAGAGAGGGAAAUUCUGUAACUGCAAAUGUAGCAUGUGUAAACCAGGGUUCUGAAUAAACAGAAGGUGAGACAUGCUGAUCACAUGUGGAUGCCAAGAGUUUUUCACUUUGUCUACUUUUAGCCAUUGUGGUCAAAGAGUAAAUGAAGUUCGAUGUCAGAGAAUCAAGUACAUGUAGCUCCCAUUUUUGUAGGUGUGCGUAUAGGUAACUCUUAGAAGUUCAACAAUGCAUUGUUACAACUUGGGCGGUGUUGUACAUUUUAAAUUGAAAAAAAUUAACUGAAUAUUUGUGCAAAAUGGAGGGCAUUGUUCUAUUUCAAGAAACAAAAGGCAUAUUGAGUUGUCAAAUAUGUUAUUGUAAACAUUGUAAAUGAUUUCAGGGUGUAAAUAAUAAAGUCGUGUGUGUGUGUGAAGCUAA